AUGGCAGAAAGUGAUUCAGUACCAACAGAAAUACAUAUAUAUAAACCCGAUGAACAAGGUAAUCAAAUAGUAAUUGAAGAAGAAAAAAAUUGGACAAAUAAUGAUGAUUCGAAUUCAACCGAAACCCAUCAUCAUCAAAAACAACAAAUUAUUAUUGAAAAUCCAAAUGAUCCUCAUUCGACUAUUACUCAUCAUAUUGAAGAUAGUCAGGUAACAGUUGGUAAUGAAAAUUUUUCAUCUGUUUUACCAAUUGACGACAAAUCUCAGCAAAUCCAAGACAAGACUAAUGAUGUAAUUGAUACAGCACAAGAUAAAGUAAAGGAAACAGUUGAUGUCACAAAUGAAAAAGCAGCUGAAAUAAAACAUGAUGCAAUUGCUACUGCGCAUAAUGUUCAAGAAAAAGCAGAAGAAGUUACACAUAAUGUUCAAGAAAAAGCAACUGAAUUAAAAGAAGAUGUAGUUCAUGCUGCACAUGUAGCAGGAGAGAAAGCAGCUGAAACUGCACAUAAUGUUCAAGGUAAUAUUUUUACCUUUAAAUAUCUUCUUUCCAAUAAUCCAUAUUUUACAGAUAAAGCUAUUGAAUUGAAAGAUGAUGCAGUUGCUGCUACUCACGUCGUAGGAGAAAAAGCGAAAGAAGCAGCACAUAAUAUUCAAGAUAAAGCUGCUGAACUAAAACAUGAUGCAGCUGUUGUUGGUCAUGAUGUACAAGAAAAAGCAAUAGAAAUAGGACAUAAUAUUCAAGACAAGAUUGGAGGAGUAAAAGAUAAUGUUGUUGCAUUUGCUCAAGCAGCAGGAGAAAAAGCGAAAGAUGCAGCACAUAAUGUUCAAGAAAAAGCUGCCGAACUAACACAUGAUGCACAAGAAAAAGCAAUAGAAGUAGCACAUAAUGUUCAAGAUAAAGCUGCUGAAUUAAAACAAGGUGCAGUUGAUACUCUUCAUAAAGUGCAAGACAAAGCUGCAGAAACAACACAAGAUGUCAAAGAUAAGGCUGUUGAAUUAAAAGAAGAUACAGUUGCUGCUGCUCACGUCGUAGAAGAAAAAGCUGCAGAAACAGCACAUAAUGUUCAAGAUAAAGCUGCUGAAUUACAACAUAAUGUAGCUGCCACAGCUCAUACAGUAGCAGAAAAGGCUGAAGAAGCAGCACAUAAUGUUCAAGAUAAAGCUGUCGAACUUAAACAUGAUGCAGCUGUUGUUGGUCACAACGCACAAGAAAAAGCAAAGGAAGUAGCACAUAAUGUUCAAGGUAUUGUUUUUUGCUUUCGAAUUGUUUCAUGUGAACAAUAUUUUAUAGAUAAAGCUGUUGAAUUAAAAGAUGAUGCAGUUGCUGCUACUCAUGUUGUAGAAGACAAGACAAAAGAAGCAGCACAUAAUGUUCACGAUAAAGCUGUCGAACUCAAACAUGAUGCAGCUGUUGUUGGUCACGAUGCACAACAAAAAGCAAAGGAAGUAGUACAUAAUGUUGAAGAUAAAGCUGCUGAAUUAAAAGAAAAUACACUUGCUGCUACUCAUGUUGCAGAAGACAAAGCAAAAGAAGCAGCACACAAUGUUCAAGAUAAAGCUGUCGAACUCAAACAUGAUGCAGCUGUUCUUAGUCACGGUGUUGAAGCAAAAGCCAAUGAAGCAGCACAUAAUAUUCAAGCUGUCGAACUAAAACAUAAUGCAGCUGUUGUUGGUCAUGAUGUACAUGAUAAAACAAAAGAAAUAGGACAUAGUUUUCAAGGCAAGACUAUAGAAGUAAAAGAUAAUGUAACUGGUAUUGCUCAUGUAACAGGAGAUAAAGCGAAAGAUGCAGCACAUAAUGUUCAAGACAAAGCUUUUGGACUAAAACAUAGUACAACUGCUGCUGCACAUGGUGCUCAAGAUAAAGCUACUGAAUUAAAACAUGAUGCAUCUGUUGCUGCUCAAGAUGCUAAAGAGAAAGCAAAAGAAGUAGCUAGUAAUACAAAAGAUGCUUUUGUAACUGGUGAAAAAGCAGUUGAAAAUAAAUUAGCUGCUGCUAAAGAUACAGUUAAUGAAAAAGCAGGUGACUUAGCUGAUAGUGCAAAAAAUACUGCUCAUGAAGCAAAUGUUAAAGCACAGAAAUUAGAAAAAUCAGCAGAACAAAAACUAGAUGGAGCUAAAAAUUGGCUUAGUAAAAAAGGAUCGGAAGUUAAAGCUAAAGGUGCUGAAAUUAUUGGUGCAACACAACACGCACUAGCUAGUGGUGCUGCAACUGUUACUGAUAAAGCUAAACAAGGAAUAGAAAUAGCAUCUGAAGCUGCAUCAAACGCUAAAUCAGCUACUGGAAACUUAGCAUCUGAUGCUCAACAUAAAGUUACUGAAACUGCUCAUAAUGCCCAAGUAAAAGCUAAUGAAUUAUUAACAAAUACUGGAAACAAAGGUGCAACUGCUGCUGAUACAAUUACUACACAAACUGUCGAAACAAGCAAUACUACUGUAUCAACUGGACAAAGUGCAGUAAAAACAAUACAAGGAAAAACAAGUAGUAUAUUAAAUAGUACGAAAAAAUUAUUAUCAUCCGUAUCAAGUUCUUCUAAAUCAACACCAGCCGUUGUACCUGGUGGUACAAGUCAUGUUUCUCAAGAAGCCUAUGUUACUGAAACAUCUCUUCAAACAACUCAUGGACAAGAACCAAUUACUUUAGAACCAACAGCACCAGCUCCAACAAAAAGUAGAGGUGGUCCAAUAAAUGCUAUUCGAAAUUUUUUUAGUCGAUUAUUUGGUUCAUCUUCUCAACGACGAAAAGCUAAUAAUGAUGGUACAGCUAAUCCUACAGCUGAAACUACUUCAACUAGUAUACCACCAACAACACUUGCAACAAGCAAUCCACAUGUAUUAUCAUGA